GAGAAACCGGUGGCUUUUCUGAUCAAUUUCAAUAACUACACGAUUACUCGCAUUUCGGGCGGUUUUGACUUCUAUUUUACGGACGAAUGCGUCCGAUAUCUAAACGUAACGUUUCCGCCGAAGUAUACGCGAGAGUCGAGACAAUUGGUGGCCGUUAUGCUGGAGGACACCGGCGAUAGUCUUCAAACCGCGAACGGAAGUAUCGCUAUAUUUAGACGCAUAGACGCGAACACCAAUACAUUCCUCGACAGCCAUUACCUGAGCGAAGACUGUGACGGCGUUAAAGCUCACUAUGAUUUAGGGAAUAAUCACGACAUCGUAUCGCUUAUCAAAUACAACAAACACUAUAUGAACGACACGUGGAGAGUGUGGGGCUGCGGCCACUUCUGUACACUCAAAACACCGUUAUAUGAAAUCAUAAUCGAUACGAUCAAUAUCACUGCCAUCAGUGCUAUCGUGAAAUAUGAGUUCUAUAUUGAAAACACGGAUAUGACUCACGACCUGUUUCUGCGGUGCGACGAACGCCGGGCGCCGUUCACUCCGUUUGACUUUUGCGACCAAAACUACGAUUUCGAUAAUAUAUUGAGUUUGGGAUCCGAUCUAUACUUUCAGCGAAGCACUAAUUAUGGAUUCACUGCCGACUCGUAUCCGACGGGUUCUCCACUCAAUGGGCAAAACAUUCAAAAUCUGGUUUUCGACUCAGACUUCGGCACAUUCCUCGAGACCGAAGGAUUUGACACGAGUCAACGGGUGUUUGGCUUCUCAUACAAAGCGAUCGAUCGGUUCCCGUGCGGACACUUAAUCAACGAACAAGAGUACGCCUAUUGUGUGGACAAGUAUACAAAGUCGCCGUACUUUCACAGCGUGUGUUUGUACGGCACAGUUGGUUGGAAGGGGAGAGCCGUACCCAUGUUUGGCAAAGAGAACGGGUAUUACAAGUCAUACAUUCACACACCGGGAGGUCUGGAGCGACCGAUCAUCAAAGAGGGUGACCGACACAAGCAGUUCUGCCGAGUCAUCUCCAGUUACGUGCGGUUCAAAGAGAAAUACAACGGCACCGGAUUCGGUGUCACACAUAUCACCGGCUAUCAGUCCGGCGGACGCAACCAGAUAUUGAUCGCCCAAACCUUAGCCGAAUUCAAGGGCGCGCCGAACACCCAUCUAAUGGAUACCUUCUUUGCCGUGUAUUCAAUGAGUUUUGAGUAUUUCCACAUCCAUUACCGCUAUUCAUUGGAUUAUCAAACAUUUGACCGGAUGCUCAACGCCACCCGAAAGUUGUACUACAUACCAGCCCACCAUGAUAACUUUACAGUGCACUCACUCUUCCGAUACAAACAUGUUUCCUACUGUUUUGUUGGCAACGGGCGUCCGCACACCCGAUAUCUAUACGUCGAGGACUUUCAACGCAAACCCCCGCCGUUUAACGCAACCAAUCAGAUAAAGUGGUCAACAGUGGUCACGUGUCCCAUAGAAGUGAUGAGAUAUUCAGUGGUCAACACUCGACAUCGUGUGACCGGGCAUUCAAUCGAAUGGCCAACAGCUCUGGGCUUUUAUCAUGUGAUAAUUCACGGCAGGAGUAGUUACGCGUAUCGACCGUUAGGCGAAUACAUUUACGGACUAUUUAUGUAUGUCUACAAAGACAAAGACACGAAGACAUUGAUGCCAGUCGUCAAACCCAGUGACUACUUGUCCGGUACAGCUGUCACCCGAUUACUGUUCUCACUCGGCCCGCACCGGUACGACGGCCUGUUUGACCAUCAGCUGGUAUUGUUCGCCUGGCAGUUGGCACGGAUCGAGAUGUAUCAAAUUGUCAACACGUUUCUGGACAAGAAUGACCACAAUGUGACCAUGGUGGUACACCACGACCACGCACAGUGGGUCGAUGCGAAGCAGGUAUUGUUCCCAUUCAUCGCUUCUACUAUAUCGAAAGCAGCGAAUUGGUACUACCAGGACAUGUGCCCGUUUGACAAAUUCAUCGGCGCUUACUUUGAUUACGAUAACGUUACCAAACAAAGAGGCGCUUAUUUAGUGGCAACCGAUAACAAAAGCGAUACUCUCUAUCUGUUCGAUAUGUUAGACUGGAAGCGCAAACCAUAUGUCGAAAUCGAUUCGAUGUAUAAUUUCAAGAAAUCGUUAUGGUCUUACUUUACCACAUAUUGUCCACUGAGAGGUCCAAACGAUUAUGAUUUUACCGGAAUGAGAGUUAGGAAUAGGAUUAGGGAAAGAGAUAUAAGUGUUAAGACAUUAAGACAAGUCUUCUAUCACUUGAGCCCACGUUUGGCUGUCGUUGUCUUCGGUGGCCAUCACUUCAUCGACUCGUCGAUUGUGUCCACACUUUCUGAGACCACUUCACCACUCAUUCAAGUAUUGAUUCCCCGAAACUGUCCGUCACNAUCACUUGAGCCCACGUUUGGCUGUCGUUGUCUUCGGUGGCCAUCACUUCAUCGACUCGGAGAUUGUGUCCACACUUUC